AUGGGUAGCUGUUGUAGCUGUCCAGAUAAAGACACUGUCCCAGAUAACCAUCGGAACAAGUUUAAGGUCAUUAAUGUGGAUGAUGAUGGAAAUGAGUUGGGUUCUGGCAUAAUGGAACUUACAGACACAGAACUGAUUUUAUACACUCGCAAACGUGACUCGGUAAAAUGGCACUACCUCUGCCUCCGACGCUAUGGUUAUGAUUCGAAUCUCUUUUCUUUUGAAAGUGGUCGAAGGUGUCAAACUGGACAAGGAAUCUUUGCCUUUAAGUGUGCUCGUGCAGAAGAAUUAUUUAAUAUGUUACAAGAGAUUAUGCAGAAUAAUAGUAUAAAUGUAGUGGAGGAACCCGUGGUUGAAAGGAAUAACCAUCAGACAGAAUUGGAAGUCCCUAGGACACCUCGAACACCUACAACUCCAGGGUUUGCUGCUCAGAACUUACCCAAUGGAUAUCCCCGAUAUCCCUCGUUCGGAGAUGCUUCAUCCCAUCCUUCCAGCAGACAUCCUUCCGUGGGAAGUGCCCGCCUACCCUCAGUAGGUGAAGAAUCUACACAUCCUUUGCUGGUGGCCGAGGAACAAGUACAUACCUAUGUCAACACUACAGGUGUGCAAGAAGAACGGAAAAACCGCACAAGUGUGCAUGUCCCAUUGGAGGCAAGAGUUUCUAAUGCUGAAAGCAACACACCGAAAGAAGAGUCAAGUAAUAUUGAGGACAGGGACCCUCAGAUUCUUCUUGAACCCGAAGGAGUCAAAUUUGUCUUAGGACCAACACCAGUUCAAAAGCAAUUAAUGGAAAAAGAGAAACUGGAACAACUUGGAAGAGAUCAAAUCAGUGGAAGUGGUGCAAAUAACACAGAAUGGGACACUGGCUAUGACAGUGAUGAGCGAAGAGAUGCGCCCUCUGUUAACAAACUGGUGUAUGAAAAUCUAAAUGGCCUAUCUCUCCCCAGUGCCUCGGGCUUCAGGAGAGGUCGUCUGCCGUCCACCAGUACCUCAGAUACCCAGAAUAUCAACAACUCAGCUCAGAGAAGAACUGCAUUGUUAAACUACGAAAAUCUACCAUCUUUGCCUCCUGUUUGGGAAGCCCGCAAGCUAAGUAGGGAUGAAGAUGACAACUUAGGACCAAAGACCCCAUCUCUGAAUGGCUACCAUAAUAAUCUAGAUCCAAUGCAUAACUAUGUAAAUACAGAGAAUGUAACAGUGCCGGCAAGUGCUCACAAAAUAGAGUAUUCAAGGCGUCGGGACUGUACGCCGACAGUCUUUAACUUUGAUAUCAGACGCCCAAGUUUAGAACACAGGCAGCUCAAUUACAUACAGGUUGACUUGGAAGGUGGCAGUGACUCUGACAACCCUCAGACUCCAAAAACGCCUACCACUCCCCUUCCACAGACCCCUACCAGGCGCACAGAGCUGUAUGCUGUGAUAGACAUCGAGAGAACUGCUGCUAUGUCCAAUUUGCAGAAAGCACUGCCACGAGAUGAUGGUACAUCUAGGAAAACAAGACACAAUAGUACUGAUCUGCCCAUGUGA